AUGGAGAUAGCUCGAAAAUUAGGGGCUGAAUCAAUAACAGUCUACAGCGAUUCGCAGCUGAUAGUGAACCAGUCUACUCGGACAGGCUGGCUGGAUGAGUUGUCCACCAUAUUAUGGGCUUACCGGACUACACCUUGGACGGUCACCCAGGGAACCCCGUUUGCCUUGACAAAUGUGGCUGAAACAGUAAUUCCGGCAGAAAUUGGAGUACUCUCAAGCAGGGUGCAACAUUUUAUGGGCCAGAAUAACGAGAAGGAGAUGCGGCUCAACCUAGACUUGCUCGAGUGCCGCAGGGAAGAAGCGUACACAAGAAUGGCUAAGUACAAAGGUCAGGUCAUGCGAUACUACAACGCUAGAGUAAGGCACCUCUCCUUCAAGCCAGGGGACCUGGUAUAA